AGUACGUGCGCGCACUCGUAGUCUUUGUGUGGCAGCGUAGAGAAGCGCCAAAAGAGUGACCAUGGCUGAUGAAAAACCAAAGGAGGGAGUCAAGACAGAAAACAAUGAACACAUAAAUUUGAAGGUAGCGGGUCAGGAUGGGUCUGUCGUGCAGUUCAAGAUCAAAAGGCACACACCGCUUAUCAAACUCAUGAAGGCGUACUGCGAGAGACAGGGACUGUCAAUGAGGCAAAUCAGGUUCAGAUUCGAUGGGCAACCUAUAAAUGAGACGGACACACCUGCACAGUUGGAAAUGGAAGAUGAGGAUACAAUUGACGUGUUUCAGCAACAGACAGGGGGCCUGAUUUAAAACCACCACACCUUGCCGCCAUUUACUUCACCAGCCGGUGGCACCCAGCGGCUGGUCGAUUUCAACUCGUCCAACUGUCUCAGCAGAAUUCCACACCGAAGAUGCUGUAUAAUAUUUUCCAUCCACGCCCCUGUUACUUUUCUGUCUUUGUGCAUAAACUACAUCCAUACAGCCUUGUAUUAUGACUUUCAUGCUGUAUUGUGGUAGCUGCGUAGGAGCUUCCAUCCCAGUUCGAAGGGUUGUUCUGAAGAUGCAGGUGAAAAGAAUUGACAAGACUCUGUUUUUCAAAUAAUAAGCUUGGUAAUUAUUCAUCAAGUCUGUAUUCAAGAUAGACAGUUUUGGAACUGGCUCUCACAUUGUGAGCAGUUCACCUGCUUUGAGGACACAGCUAGGUUACCAUUUAAUCCCUGUUAUCUAAAAUAAAUAUUUCAUUUUAUAUACUUUUUUAUAUUGUACUGGAUGUUUAGAAUAAUCGUUUUACUUGUUCACUUCAAAUUUUGGGAACCCUAAAGGGAUGUUUCAGUUAAAUACACAUCUGUAUUGUCUAUUAAAAUGCCUGUUAAAAUAAAGUUGUCUUUUUUUUCCCAAA